AGAAAGAGAUGGAGGGGGCCAACCAGAUGGCUGUGACAGAGUAUGUCCUGCUGGGGCUACACGAGCACCAUAACCUAGAGGUGGUCCUGUUUGCGCUCUGCCUGGGCAUCUACUCCAUGAACGUGCUGGGGAACUCCCUCCUCAUCGGGCUGAACGUGCUGGACCCCUGCCUGCGUAGCCCCAUGUACUUCUUUCUCAGCAACCUCUCCCUCAUAGAUAUCUGUGGCACAUCCUCCUUUGUGUCUCUCAUGCUGGUCAACUUCCUGGAAACCCAAAUGACCAUCUCCUUCCCUGGCUGCGCCCUGCAGAUGUACCUGACCCUGGCGCUGGGCUCCACCGAGUGCUUGCUCUUGGUUGUGAUGGCGUACGACCGUUACGUGGCCAUCUGCCGGCCACUUCGGUACCCAGAGCUCAUGAGCAGGCAGACGUGUGCGAGGAUGGCAGCACUGAGCUGGGGGACAGGCUUUGUCAACUCCCUGCUGCAUUCCACUCUCACCUGGAGCCUCCCCUCCUGUGGCCACAAUGUCAUCAACCACUUCUUCUGUGAGAUCUUGGCCGUGCUGAAAUUAGCCUGUGGGGACGUCUCUUUCAAUGUGCUGCUAACAAUGGUGGCCACGGCUGUCCUGACGCUGGCCCCACUGCUGCUCAUCUGCCUGUCCUACGUUUUCGUCCUUGCUGCCAUCCUUAGGGUGCCGUCCGCUGCCAGCCGGCGCAAAGCCUUCUCCACCUGCUCUGCCCACCUCACAGUGGUGGUAGUCUUCUAUGGGACUCUCUCCUUCAUGUACUUCAAGCCCAAGGCCAAGGACCCCAACUUGGACAAGAUCAUUGCACUGUUCUACGGGGCCGUGACGCCCUCCCUGAACCCCAUCAUCUACAGCCUGAGGAACGCAGAGGUGAAAGCUGCCGCCAAAGCUCUGCUGAGGGGAGACCUGCUCUCCAGGAAAAUGGCCCACUUCUCCAACGCCCUCAGGCAGGACAGGCUAGGUUCUAUGGAUGAACAGCAGACGCCACCCGUCUGCCCAACAUCAUCCUUGGCUACCUGCCUCCACCCCAACUCCACCCACAAACGCCCUCCAGGCCCAGGCACACUGAACUAUUCCCAACUCCCCGGAAAAAAGGCAGUACAGAAUCAGCAAGUACUUCAUCGGAGACACAAAGACUCCACCUGCAUCAACUCAGGAUACCAGCCAUGGCAGCCCCAGCCCCAGCCCCAGCCCCAGCUGUCCUGCAAUCCCCUCCCAGCACAGCACAGCCCAGAUGCUGCCGCUGGGAGGGAGGCCUAA